AUGCUGAACAAUGAAGGCUCCCUCGUCGCUGCAGGAGUCAACUGUCUAGAAACAACUGACAGGUCCUCUGUCGCUGCAGAGCCCAACUGUCUAGAACAAUGACAGGUCCUCUCCUGCAGGAGGUCAACUGUCUAGAACAAACUGACAGGUCCUCUGUCCUCCCAGGAGUCAACUGUCUAGACCAACUGACAGGUCCUCUCUUUUCGCUGCAGGAGUCAACUGUCUAGAACAACUGACAGGUCCUCUGUCGCUGCAGGAGUCAACCUGUCUGAACAACUGACAGGCCCCCUUUCGUGAGGAUCAUUUUUUUCCUCGUCCUCUUCGCUUGCAGGAGUCACUGUCUAGAACAAAGACAGGUCCUCUGUCGCUCCCGGAGGAUCAACUUUUUGAAAAAACUGCCGGGUCCUCUUUUGUGCAGGAGGUCAACGUUAAACAACGGGCGGGCCCUCCCUCUUUUUGCUUUGCGGGAGUCAAUGUCAGAACAACGCGGUCCUUUUUUUCCCUGCAGGAGUAACGUCAGAACAAGACAGGUCCCUGUCUUUGCAGGAGUCAACUGUCUAAAACAAUUGACGGGCCUCUGGUUGCGGAGUCAACUGUUAGAACAAUGCGGCCCCUUUUUUUGCUGAAAGGAGUCAACGUUAGAACAAAGGACAGGUCCUCGUCUUGAGGAGUCAAUGUUGGAACAACUGACAGGUCCUCUGUGACUUGCAGGAAGUCAACCUGUCUGAAAACUGGGACAGGUCCUCUGUUGCUGUAGGAGUCACCUGUCUAGAACAAACUGGAGGUCCUCUGUUGCUUGCAGGAGUCAACUGUCUAGAACAACUGACAGGUCCUCUGUCUCUGCAGGAGUCAACUGUCUAGAACAACUGACAUGUCCUCUGUCGCUGCAGGAGUCAACUGUCUAGAACAACUGACAGGUCCUCUGUUGCUGCAGGAGUCAACUGUCUAGAACAACUGACAGGUCCCUCGUUGCUGCAGGAGUCAACUUCGUUAGAACAAUGACAGGUCCUCUGUUGCUGCAGGAGUCAACUGUCUAGAACAACUGGCAGGUCCUCUGUUGCUGCAGGAGUCAACUGUCUAGAACAACUGACAGGUCCUCUGUCUCUGCAGGAGUCAACUGUCUAGAACAACUGGCAGGUCCUCUGUUGCUGCAGGAUUAAACUGUCUAGAACAACUGACAGGUCCUCUGUGCUGCAGGAGUCAACUGUCUAGAACAACUGACAGGUCCUCUCCUCUGUCGCUGCAGGAGUCAACUGUCUAGAACAACUGACAGGUCCUCUGUCUCUGCAGGAGUCAACUGUCUAGAACAACUGGCAGGUCCUCUGUUGCUGCAGGAUUAAACUGUCUAGAACAACUGGCAGGUCCUCUGUUGCUGCAGGAUUAAACUGUCUAGAACAACUGACAGGUCCUCUGUUGCUGCAGAAGUCAACUGUCUAGAACAACUGACAGGUCCUCUGUUGCUGCAGGAUUAAACUGUCUAGAACAAUUGACAGGUCCUCUGUCUCUGCAGGAGUCAACAGUCUACAACAACUGACAGGUCUUCUGUCGCUGCAGGAGUCAACUGUCUAGAACAACUGACAGGUCUUCUGUCGCUGCAGGAGUCAACUGUCUCGAACAACUGACAGGUCCUCUGUCUCUGCAGGAGUCAACUGUCUAGAACAACUGGCAGGUCCUCUGUCGCUGCAGGAGUCAACAGUCUAGAACAACUGACAGGUCCUCUGUUGCUGCAGGAGUCAACUGUCUAGAACAACUGACAGGUCCUCUGUUGCUGCAGGAGUCAACUGUCUAGAACAACUGACAGGUCCACUCCUCUGUUCUGCAGGAGUCAACUGUCUAGAACAACUGACAGGUCCUCUGUCGCUGCAGGAGUCAACUGUCUAGAACAACUGACAGGUCCUCUGUCGCUGCAGGAGUCAACGUCAAAGGGGCUCUUCGAACAACUGUAACACGAGUCCUCUGUCGCUGCAGGAGUCAACUGUCUAGAACCACUGACAGGUCCUCUGUUCGCUGCAGGAGUAACUGUCUAGAACAACUGACAGGUCCUCUGUCUGCAGGAGUCAACAGUCUAAACACUGACAGGUCUCUGUGCUGCAGGAUAAACUGUCUGAACAACUGACAGGUCCUCUGUCUCUGCAGGAGUCAACGUCUACAACAACUGACAGGUUCUGUCGUCUGCAGGAGUCAACUGUCUCGAACAACUGACAGGCUCUUCUGUCGCUGCAGGAGUCAACUGUCUCGAACAACUGACAGGUCCUCUGUCUCUGCAGUAGUCAACUGUCUAGAACAACUGACAGGUCUUCUGUCGCUGCAGGAGUCAACUGUCUAGAACAACUGACAGGUAUAACUGACAGGUCAUAUAAUUGUUAUAAUCUCCACCCGGCACAGCCAGAAGGGGACAGGCCACCCCUCAGAGCCUUGUUCCUCUCUACCCAGUACAGCCAGAAGAGGACUGGUCACCCCUCAGAGCCUGGUUCCUCUCUACCCAGUACAGCCAGUAGAGGACUGGUCACCCCUCAGACCCUGGUUCCUCUCUACCCAGUACAGCCAGAAGGGGACAGGCCACCCCUCAGAGCCUGGUUCCUCUCUACCCAGUACAGCCAGUAGAGGACUGGCCACCCCUCAGAGCCUGGUUCCUCUCUACCCAGUACAGCCAGAAGGGGACUGGCCACCCCUCAGAGCCUGGUUCCUCUCUACCCAGUACAGCCAGAAGGGGACUGGCCACCCCUCAGAGCCUUGUUCCUCUCUACCCAGUACAGCCAGAAGGGGACAGGCCACCCCUCAGAGCCUGGUUCCUCUGGUCUACCCAGUACAGCCAGUAGAGGACUGGCCACCCCUCAGAGCCUGGUUCUUCUCUACCCAGUACAGCCAGAAGGGGACUGGCCACCCCUCAGAGCCUGGUUCCUCUGGUCUACCCAGUACAGCCAGUAGAGGACUGGUCACCCCUCAGAGCCUGGUUCCUCUCUACCCAGUACAGCCAGUAGAGGACUGGCCACCCCUCAGAGCCUGGUUCCUCUCUACCCAGUACAGCCAGUAGAGGACUGGCUACCCCUCAGAGCCUGGUUCCUCUCUACCCAGUACAGCCAGUAGAGGACUGGUCACCCCUCAGAGCCUGGUUCCUCUCUACCCAGUACAGCCAGUAGAGGACUGGCCACCCCUCAGAGCCUGGUUCCUCUCUAGGUUUCUGCCUUUCUAGGGAGUUUUUCCACCGUGCUUCUACAUUUACAUUUUUUACAUUUUUGUAAUUUAGCAGACGCUCUUAUCCAGAGCGAAUUACAGUUAGUGAGUGCAUACAUUUUCAAACUGGCCCCCCGUGGGAAACGAUCCCACUACCCUGGCGUUGCAAGCACCAUGCUCUACCAACUGAGCUACAGGGGACUACAUCUGCAUUGCUUACUGUUUGGGGGUUUUACCUGGGUUUCUGUAUAGCACUUUGUGACAUCUGCUGAUGUAAAAAGGGCUUUAUAAAUCAAAUUUAUAUUUGAUUGAUUGAUUGAUUGAUUGAACUGGACAAGAACCUGACACUCUCAGCACACAGGGGUACAAACACCUACCUGGAGGUGACAGCAUUCCCUCCCAAAUAUGCCCCCCUAGACACAAUUAUGACAAAACAACCAACAAAUAACGGAUCAUAACACCUGCAGCUCUGUCACAAGCUGGGUAUGUACAUAGUCAAAGGCAAGCUUUGAGGGGACUCCUACGGUAGGUACACCUAUAGCUCAUCUCUUGGCAGUAGUACUGUAGACUACUUUAUCACUGACCUCAACCCAGAGUCUCUCAGAGCGUUCACAGUCAGCCCACUGACACCCCUAUCAGAGCACAGCAACAUCACAGUCUACUUGAACAGAGCAAUACUCAAUCAUGAGGCAUCAAAGCGAAAGGAACUAAAUAAUAUUAAUAAAUGCUACAGAUGGAAGGAAAGUAGUUUGGAAACCUACCAAAAAACAACUAAGCAACAACAAAGUCAAUCCCUUUUAGACAACUUCCUGGACAAAACAUUUCACUGUAAUAGUGAAGUUGUAAACUUGGCAGUUGGAUGCCUAAACAGUAUAUUUAACCUUUUCGCUUCAACACAUUUUAAGCAAACAACCUAAGAAAAUUAAAAACAAAUGGUUUGAUGAAGAAUGCAAAAACCUAAGAAAGAUAUUGAGAAACCUAUCCAACCAAAAACAGAGACCCAGAAAACCUGAGCUUAUGCCUUCACUAUGGUGAAUCACUAAUACAAUAUAUAAAUACACUACGGAAAAAGAAGGAACAGCACGUCAGAAAUCAGCUCAAUGUAAUUGAAGAAUCCAUAGACUCUAACCACUUCUGGGAAAAUUGGAACACACUAAACAAACAACAACACGAAGAGUUAUCUAUCCAAAAUGGAUGGAUAAAUCACUUCUCCAAUCUUUUUGACUCUUUAACAAAGAAAAAUUGCAAAAACAUCUACAUGAUCAAUUACAAAUCUUAUAAUCAGCUAUUAAAGACCAGAACCCACUGGAUUCUCCAAUUACAUUGAAUGAACUACAGGACAAAAUACAAACCCUUCAACCUAAAAAGGCCUGUGGUGUUGAUGGUAAAUGAAAUGAUCAAAUAUACAGGCCACAAAAUCCAAUUGGCUAUACUUAAACUCUUUAACAUCAUCCUCAGCUCUGGCAUCUUCCCCAAUAUUUGGAACCAUGGACUGAUCAUCCCAAUCCACAAAAGUGGAGACAAAUUUGACCCCAAUAACUACCGUGGGAUGUGCGUCAACAUCAACCUUGAGAAAAUCCUCUGAAUUAUCAUUAACAGCAGACUCGUACAUUUCCUCAGUGAAAACAAUGUACUGAGCAAAUGUCAAAUUGGCUUUAUACCAAAUUACCGUAUGGCAGACCACGUAUUAACCCUACACACCCUAAUUGACAAACAAACAAAACAAAACAAAGGCAAAGUCUUCUCAUGCUUUGUUGAUUUCAAAAAAGCUUUUGACUCAAUUUGGCAUGAGGGUCUGCUAUACAGAUUGAUGGAAAGUGGUGUUGGGGGAUAAACAUACGACAUUAUAAAAUCCAUGAACACAAACAACAAGUGUGCGGUUAAAAUUGGCAAAAAAACACACAUUUCUUUCCACAGGGCCGUGGGGUGAGACAGGGAUGCAGCUUGAGCCCCACCCUCUUCAACACAUACUGUAUAUUAGUGAAUUGGCGAGGGCACUAGAACAGUCUGCAGCACCCGGCCUCACCCUACUAGAAUAUGAAGUCAAAUGUCUACUGUUAGCUGAUGAUCUGGUGCUUCUGUCCCCAACCAAAGACGGCCUACAGCAGCACUUAGAUCUUCUGCACAGAUUCUGUCAGACCUGGGCCCUGACAGUAAAUCUCAGUAAGACAAAAAUAAUGGUGUUCCAAAAAAGGUCCCAUUGCCAGGAACACAAAUACAAAUUCAAUCUAGACACCAUUGCACUAGAGCACACAAAAAACUAUACCUACCUCAGCCUAAGCAUCAGCACCACAAGUAAAUUCCACAAAGCUGUGAACGAUCUGAGACACAAGGCAAGAAGAGCCUUCUACGCCAUCAAAAGGAACAUAAAAUUCAACAUCCCAAUUAGGAUCUGGUAAAAAAUACUUGAAUCAGUUAUGGAACCCAUUGCCCUUUAUGGUUGUGAGGUCUGGGGUUUGCUUCCCAACCAAGAAUUCACAAAAUGGGACAAACAUCAAAUUGGAGACUCCAUUGCAGAAUUCUGCAAAAACAUCCUCAGUGUACAACGUAAAAGACCAAAUAAUGUAUGCAGAGCAGAAUUAUGCCGAUACCCGCUAAUUAUCAAAUUCCAGAAAAUAGCUAUUAAAUUCUACAACCACCUAAAAGGAAUUGAUUCCAAAACCUUCCAUAACAAAGCCAUCACUUACAAAAUAAUAUUUCCUAAACCAGCUGGUCCUAAAACACAAACAGACCCCACAGAGCCCCAGGAUAGCAACAGCAACACAAUUAGACCCAACCAAAUCUUGAGAAAACAAAAAGAGAAUUACUUGACACAUUGGAUAGAAUUUACCAUAAAACAGAGCAAACUGGAAUGCUAUUUGGCCCUAAACAGAGAACACACAGUGGCAGAAUACCUGACCACUGUGAUUGACCCAAAAUGAAGGAAAGCUUUGAUUAUGUACAGACUCAGUGAGCAUAGCCUUGCUAUUGAGAAAGGCCACCAUAGGCAGACCUGGCUCUCAAGAGAAGACAGGCUACGUGCACACUGCCCACAAAAUGAGGUAGAAACUGUGCUGCACUUCCUAACCUCCUGUCCCGAGUGUCAGUGUAAUGCGGUGGGUCGAAGUCAGGCGCAGGACACAGAACUCUCAGAAACGUACUUUACUGAGAUAAGUAAUACAGAUACAAUACAGAAAUCUCUCCACACAGGGAGGAACUAACCCGCUCACAAACGACACACGAAACGAAAACAACCACGCACAAAACACAUUGGGAGCCACUGGGUUAAAUAGGGAAGGAGUGAUUACAAUAAAGUUCACAUGUUCCAGAAGGUAUUUCUGAACAAAAACUUAUUUAAAAAAUAAAGUAUUUUCAAAUGGCUCUCCUGUGAAGCAGGGACGCGCGACAUACAUCUAGUUUCCUGAAAUGAGUCACAUAUGUUUCCCAUGCAAAUAAAUCCCUUUGAAUUGAAAAUAGGAUUACUGGAUACACAGUAGUACACCCAAACAGACAGACAGACAGACACACAUAUAAACACACAGACUGGGAAUAUUAUAAACAUUGACCUGAAUUAACUACAUCAGCAGCUGUUUAGUAACUCAGUAAGACUCUGUAAAGGAAGCGAUAAACAACAUUGUAUAAUUUCCCAGAAUGCUCUAGACUUUACUCUGCAACCUCUCCCCAACAACAACCCAACAAUUGAAGGUUAUGUGUGUGCGUGUGCAUGCAUGUUUAUGUGUCUGUGUGUCUGUAAGAGACUUAUGCAGCUCUCCAGUGUUGUAGCAGCUUAAAGCAGGAACUCAUUCAGAGGGACAAUAGACCAUUGCUCCAGUCAUAACAAGCAUUUGGCCCCACAGCCCAACAGGCUUGAGGUAGUUCCUAGCUACAUGGACAGCUGAUCUCUCUAUUUCUCUCUCUCUCCACUCGCUGAUAAGAUCGAGAGAAUAGUUAAAUUCUCUCUCUAUAAGAGGAAAAAGAGAGCUAAAUAUAAAUAUCUCUCAUCGGCUAGUAAGAUCGAGAGAGAUCGCCUAGCUUUAGGCUCGUCUCUCUCAUCUCUCUUCUCGCUCUCUCUUGAUCAUCUCUCUUCAUCAUCGCUUCUCUCUCUACUCUCUAUCUCUCUCUCUCUCUCCUCUCUUCUCUCCUCCUCUCUCUCUCUCUCCAAAUCCUCUGGCACAAAAAUGCAAUAGAUUUCUUCUUGCUACCACCCCUCAAGCUGUUUCCACAGCAACAGGAGUGUGCGCAAUAAAACUCAACCUUAACAACAAGGAGUUGAAUAACUACUGACGGUAUGCGGAUAUCCUUCAAGAGGCAGACAUUCGCAUAUUGCCUUGGGCUACCUGAUUGACAGUUCCGAACUUGACUUUGAACUGAACAUUCCAGUCAUUGGAUAACUACUUCCCACUUGAUCAGCUGAUCAGGAUGUUGACAAUGUCUUAUUCCCUGGCUCAAACCGUAUGCAGUGAUACUGUGUAACAAGUAGACCUCAGUAGCAAGGAUCAAAUUGUCAUUCACACGAUAACGACAGGUCAGACACAGCCACCGCUGGGAGAUCCUGAACCAUACCCCGGAUUUGAAGCUGAGGUGGGAGAUCCUGAACCAUACCCCGGAUUUGAAGCUGAGGUGGGAGAUCCUGAACCAUACCCCGGAUUUGAAGCUGAGGUGGGAGAUCCUGAACCAUACCCCGGAUUUGAAGCUGAGGUGGGAGAUCCUGAACCAUACCCCGGAUUUGAAGCUGAGGUGGGAGAACCUGAACCAUACCCCGGAUUUGAAGCUGAGGUGGGAGAUCCUGAACCAUACCCCGGAUUUGAAGCUGAGGUGGGAGAACCUGAACCGAGGUGCAACUAAUGCUUGGAAAUGCAAACGCGAUGCUAAAUGA